UUUCUUAUUGGACUGCUGAGGCUCACUAGAGAGACCUCUGUGCUUGAAUUCAAUUAUUUCACUUUCCUGUAUGAAUUAGUGAUCCACUCUGCUGAAGUCCUAUUUUCUGGUGCCUCAACCCCAGCAACUUAAGACUUUUCACCUGCCUUUCAGAUGCCCUUUGGCAUUUGAGUGCAAAUAUUUUGCCUUACUACUGGGUUCUUCAUGGAAAACGAAAAUCCCAGGUUAGUGCUCUUGCAUUCAUUAACUUUUUGCUCUGCCCAGAAGACUUCGUUUUCUGGAUGUUUACUUGUUUCCGUAGAUAUUGUGCCGUAUACCGUACCGGCUUUGCAAACGUAUGUCAUAGACAGAGCAACGUACCCUUUUGGAAGACAAAGCUGAAUACGUUGGCAGUCUUCUGCUAAAGGAAGCAGGCAUAUCACCUACCCUCUGGUAAUGUGACUUGAAGAUGCCGGCCCCCUGGCAAAUGUGCUGUGAUAAAAAAUCCAGAACUAAGAAUGGAAAAGCUGAAAUGGACAAUAUGGCAGAGAUGACUGAAAAAAUGCAGAUGAAAAAAGAAAUCACAUUACUAAAUGGAGUUUCUUUAAUUGUAGGGAAUAUGAUUGGCUCUGGGAUAUUUGUAUCACCCAGAGGUGUUUUAAUGUACAGUGCUUCCUAUGGACUCUCGCUGGUCAUCUGGGCACUUGGUGGGUUGUUUUCGCUGUUUGGAGCUUUGUGUUACGUUGAACUGGGAACAUCCAUUGUGAAGUCUGGAGGCAGUUAUGCCUACAUCCUGGAAUCAUUUGGUGCCAUUGUGGCCUUCAUCAGACUCUGGUCUUCCUUGCUAAUUAUUGAACCGACAACUCAGGCAGUGAUAGCAAUCACAUUUGCGAACUAUAUUGUUCAACCAAUUUUUCCUCACUGUGAGCCGCCAUAUGAUGCAGUCAGGUUGAUUGCAGCUGCAUGUAUAUGUUCCUUAACAUUUAUUAAUUGUGUUAAUGUGAAGUGGGGAACCCGCGUCCAAGAUGUUUUCACAUAUGCAAAAGUUAUGGCUCUUAUCUUGGUGAUAUCUGUUGGCCUUUACAAAAUUGGUAAAGGGGAAACAGAAAACCUGAGAGCUCCGUUUGAGGGCUCAGCAACCAACCCAGGGAUGAUCGCCCUGGCUCUCUACUCUGCCCUCUUCUCCUACUCAGGAUGGGACACGCUCAACUACGUCACUGAGGAAAUGCAGAACCCCGAGAGGAAUCUACCUCUUUCUAUUGCAAUUUCAAUGCCUAUUGUGGCUAUUAUUUACUUGUUGACUAAUAUAGCGUACUAUGUAGUGUUGGACAUGUCAGCUCUGCUCACAAGCGAUGCAGUGGCUGUGACAUUUGGUGGUGAAACCCUUAGUCAUGCUAAGUGGAUAAUUCCUAUAGCAGUGGCCAUGUCUUGCUAUAGUGGCUUAAACUCAUCAAUUAUUGCAGCAUCUCGGCUUUUUUAUGUUGGAGCCAGGGAAGGACACCUCCCUGUCAGCCUGAGCUUGAUUCAUAUAAAGUGCUUCACGCCAGUCCCUGCUCUCCUCUUCAACGGCUUAAUGACUUUGCUUUAUCUCCUUGUGGAAGAUGUGUUCCUCCUCAUUAAUUACUACUGCUUCAACUACUGGCUCUUUGUGGGUCUGUCUAUUGCAGGAUUAAUAUAUUUGAGAUAUACUCAGCCACAUAGGCCACGACCUGUUAAACUUAGCCUCUUCUUCCCUAUAGUAUACUGUUUAUGUUCCCUUUUCCUGGUCUUAGUUCCUCUCUACAGUGACACAAUCAAUUCCCUUAUUGGUGUUGGUAUUGCCCUCUCAGGCAUUCCUGCAUAUUAUGUGGGAGUCUACCUGCCAGUUGAAAAACGACCUAAAUGGCUACAGUGGCUCUCCGCUACAACAACGAAGUAUUUUCAGAUGCUCUUCUACUGUGCUCUGUCAGACCUGGACAUUGAUGUGGAACCUACAGCAGCUAAGAGUAAAUAGAGUUGCCUUGACAUUGAGAGUUGGGCCGGGACAUCUCCUAUCUGGAGCAAUUUUUAUCAUCUGAAGUUCUCCCCAUGUGUUCGGUCAUACUAAAGCACUAAUCACGGUACUGUGCAUCAGUCUGGUGUCAUUAAGUUUUGCUCGUUAGCAAAUUAGACUAAUUCAGUCUUCCAAAAUGGAAAAGAUAAUAACUGUU